AUGUCGUUGCCGUGGUUCAUCAGGCCCCUGCAUCGGGGUAUCAAUACGGAUGACCUGGGAUUCUUACUCUCGAAAGGGGCAGUGUCCCUCCCGAGCCAGGCUCUUCAAUUGGCACUUGUACGCGCAUACGUGGACAGCAUUUACCCGCACAUCCCGGUUAUCGAUCUUUCUCACUUUCUGGAAUGCAUCACGGCAACUGAUCACGUUGCACCCCGAGUCAGUUUGCUUCUCUACCAAUCCAUUCUCGCGGCUGGGACAGCCUGUGUAAAAAUCGAAGACCUUAAAGAAGCGGGGUUCCAAACUAGAAAGAGUGCUCGCAAGAUAUUCUUGGAGAAAGUGAAGGUGAGUCUACUUCUCGGCGUCAUGAAUCUUGAAGACGGGCCCGCUAACGUAACCAAGCUACUCUAUGAUUUCAACUGCGAACUCGACCAGCAAACCGUUAUACAGGUCUUGCUGCUCAUGUCCCUGGCUUAUGAAGAGCCAGUCGGGCGCCGAAGCAGCUUUUAUUGGCUCGAUGCAGCCAUCUCGCAGGCCUUUUCCAGUAAACUCCAUCAUGACCCGAAAAUGCUCGGGUUAGCACUGCCUAUACAGACCUUGAGAAUCCGCCGACGCCUUUGGUGGUGCUGUUACAAUCUUGACCGUCUAGUCAGCUUGGGAACAGGCCGAACCAGUAUGAUUUCGGAGAACGAUUUCAAUGUUUCAAUGCCUGAUAUUUCUGAUUUUGAGCCAUUCCGACAUGUGGGCAGUGAUGCUGCGGCUCACAGCACAGUAUGCUCGUGUAAUGGGAGUGAUCAGGAAAAUUUGGACUUGGCACUGUUAUUCACCGAGCAAACCCGUCUUUGUAGGCUCCUGGAUACAAACGGAUUCUUGGCCCCCAGCUCGUGCUGCACCUGGCAAGGCGUAGAUUGGGCCAUCGAGGGACCACCCAACACCAAUUGGCCAUUCCAACGACUCGAACAUCAUCUCUCUGAAUGGUAUAGUGCCUUGCCAUUGAGAGCACGAUACCGUCGUAUAAUGCAGAAUGAGUUGGGAAUAAAUGGGAAUGCAGCAGUGGCGCUCAAUCGUUCAUUUCUACACCUGGCGUUCAACAUGGCGAUGCUCAAUGCGUACCAAUCACGACUUGGACUGUCACCAGAACACGACAUCGGAACAUCAUAUGAGACGGAAGCAUGUGAGCUACUGAUGAAUCAUGCUGCAGGGCGUAUUUCACUCAUCAUGGAAAGCAUUGAAGCCCACCGCCUGGGGCUCUGUCUCCAUCCCGGAGCGAUGCAUUUCGCAAUGUCUGCGUCCGAAGUCCACCUGAAGAGGCCAGACAAGCUUGACACAGUGGCCCAGACCAAGCACGACCAGUGUGCGCGCGUCAUUGAACUGAUGCAGGAGGCGUACUUUGUCCCGAGCUACUCACGACACUUUCGGCCAUCUCCUUCCUCUCCCAGCGCCAGUCACUGCAGUCAAGUUGAGAGGGAGCGAUUUUCUGAGAAAAAUGGUACGCUUCCUGAAUCUAUCUCUGAAUCUGCUCUCUGGGAGUUUGAUAUCAGUGGGUCGACAACAUCAAAAGCUAUAGCUACAUGCAACAUGGCCGACGUUGAGGGAUUGUUUCCUGGGCGACAAAUUACUGAGCGGUGGAUGGGUGACCCGCUCUAA